UACAAAUCGUAGUGAAAUGUCAAUAUUUUAUCCUCCCUUAAAGACGAGACAACAGUUUUUUUUAUUUGCCAAAUUUUUGGUUCGCCCUACUUUGCCGCCUUUGAUACUAUACGACUCAUAUAUCACGUUUUUAUCACGCUCAAUUGUCAAAUUACUAUGGAAUUUGACAGUAAGACAUGAUAAAAAACGUGAUAAAAUGUAUAAUGUAGUGCUCAUGCUACAUGGACUGGAAGUACAGUUUUACCGAUUCAAUUUCGCUCGAAAUCUUAAUACUCUGAUGAAUCACCGAAAGUAUAAUUUUCAUUUUCUUAGAGCAUUUAUUUUAUUCUUAAGAAUAACUCCAGAAACUAACUAAGAGUUAAGCUUCAGUUUUUUUUAAAUAAAUAUUAAAGAAGAUUCAGUGAAUACAAAAAUGUGUAAAGUGAUAUUAGCUGUAGUGAGAUGUAUUCGAGUGAUGUACGAGACUGUUUUCGAGUUCUUCUUCUCGUUAUACUGGGAACGUAAGAAACAGGUCAUACCAGACUUGGAGGCAAAGCACUCCUUCCUCUCAGAGAGCGCUGUGACCUUGGCCAAGAAGAUUAGGAAUAGGGAGCUGAAAUCAGAAGAAUUGGUGGAAGCAGUGAUCGCAAGGAUAAAGCAGGUGAAUCCCAUCAUCAAUGCGGUUGUCGACGACAGAUACGAGCAAGCUCUAGCCGAAGCCAGAGCAGUGGACAGCCUGAUAGCCACCGGCGUCACUGACAUCGAAAAACAUAAACCAUUCCUGGGGGUUCCAUUCACCACGAAGGAAUCGCAGACCGUGAAGGGGCUCUCGUUGACGUGGGGUCUCAUCUCGCGGAAGAACAAGCGAGCCGACGAGGACUGCGAGUCGGUCGUCAGACUCAAGAAUGCUGGCGCUAUCCCCAUCGCUGUUACCAAUCUCCCUGAACUGCUUAUAUGGUCAGAGGGUAGGAAUCCACUGUAUGGUGCGACGAAGAAUCCGCACCACACUGGGCGCACAGCCGGGGGUUCCAGCGGCGCUGAAGCUGCCCUUAUGGCCACUUAUAGCACGGUGAUAGGUCUCAGUUCUGAUGUUGGUGGUUCCACUCGAAUACCUUCCUUCUACUGCGGGAUGUUUGGAUACCAUCCAACAGCUGACAUCAUCAACUUAAAAGGAUUGUUCUCGCGGACCGGCGAAGAGGCUUCCAGCAUGUUUUGCUUCGGCUUCAUAUCGAAGCACGUGGAAGACCUGGCACCUCUGACCAGGAUCAUCGCUGGAGACAAAGCUAUAAAGCUCGGACUUGAUCGGGAAGUUGACAUAAAGGACAUAAAGGUGUUCUUCACAUCGUCCAUCAACGAUUGCUGGAUGAGUCCACCGAAGGCUGAAAUAAAGGAUGUCAUGAAUAGGGUAGUCCUGAAACUAGGGGAAGCUCUACCUAGCGAGAAUAAGCCCCGACCCUAUUACCACAAGUGUUUCGACAACAUCACCAACGUGUGGCGCCACUGGAUGACGAAGGAGCCUGAGGACUACUUCUCCAUGUAUACAGACGGGCAGGGCAAGCCGAACAUGCUGUGGGAGAUUAUCAAAAAGUUUUUCGGGUUCAGCAAGCACUGCCUGUACCUCGUGAUGCGGCUCGCAGGCGAGCAGCUGUUGCCGGCCGUCGACGCCGUUUGGGCGGAACAACUCACGCAAUCUCUAAAGGACGAGUUAUUCUCUCAACUGGGUGAUAAUGGCGUGCUGCUAUUGCCGAGCGGUCCGAUGCCGAGCCCGUAUCACUACUACACGUACAUAUGCCCAUAUAACUUCGCGGCGUUCGCUGUGGCCAACGUGCUCAAAUGCCCAGCGGUUCAGGUUCCCAUAGGAGUAAACAGUAAGAAGAUACCCAUGGGCAUUCAGGUGCUCGCAGCUCCACACAACGAUGCCCUGUGUCUGGCAGUCGCCAAGUACCUCGAGAAAGAGUUCGGAGGCGCGGUCAUGGCCUGUAAAGCUAAUAAAUGAUAUGUUAUCCGCUCAAAAUUGUGCUAGUAAGGUCUUAAGUUUCACUUUUUCUACUAUCACGGUAAUGGUGACCUAAGAUGAUUAAAUACUACUUCUGAAAAAAUUAACUCAGCCAGGUUUUUCCUUUGUGUAGUUACACAACAGAGUGUUCUUUCUACGAACAAGAAUAAUGUGAAGUGUGAUAGCUUAUUUUAUUUAUAUGGAAGUAUCUUAUGUAAAUACCUUAUUAUAAGCUCAAGAUUUUUUAUAUGGUUGUUUAAGGUUUUUUAAUGAAAUUAUAUUAUUUUGUAUACAUAAUAUGAGGUUUUUAAUUGGUGUCCUAAGGUGUCCUUAACUUGACCAUGUGUUAUCAAUAAUGAUAACAGUCAUCAUCGUCAACCUAAAUUCACAGAUUACUAAUAUUAUGUCUCCUAAAUGUCCUUACGUGGUCCUCAGUGUUAAAUCCCAAUAUCUAUGGUCCCAUCCAUAUCCCAUCCCAUCUGUGAGAAACUUCGACUACUUAAAUAAAAUACCAAUAACGAAAAUUUAAGAAUUCAUAAAUGAAACAUGAUUAUGUUUCAUCAAAUGUCUAUAUUUUAGACCCCCGGAUGCAUUCCAUUUUGGCCAUUCAGUUCCUUAUCCUUAAAAUUAGCUAGUGGGUAUGCCCAUGCAACCAAAAUUGAAAUUUAUUAGGAUGGGAAUGUAAGCAAUCAAGAAUAAACAUAAUAUCAAAUGUUGCAAAAUGUU